UCCCGUAAGUGGCCUGAGGUGAUCUCUGAAAAUGGUUUGCUACUCACUUGACCCAGAAAACCCUACAAAAUCAUGCAAGUCACGAGGUUCAAAUCUUCGUGUUCACUUUAAGAACACUCGCAAAACUGUCCAGGCCAUCAAGGGUAUGCAUAUCCGAAAAGCCACCAAGCAUCUGAAGGAUGUCACUUUAAAGAAGCAGUGUGUGCCAUUCUGUGGAUACAAUGGUGGAGUUGGUAGGUGUGCCCAGGCCAAACAGUGGGACUGGACACAGGGUCGGUGGCCCAAAAAGAGUGCUGAAUUUUUACUGCACAUGCUUAAAAAUGUAGAGAGUAAUGCUGAACUAAAGGGCUUGGAUGUAGAUUCUCUGGUCAUUGAGCACAUCCAGGUGAACAAAGCCCCCAAGAUGUGGCGCAGAACGUACAGAGCUCAUGGGCGGAUCAACCCCUACGUGAGCUCUCCCUGCCACAUUGAGAUGAUCCGUACUGAAAAAGAGCAGAUCGUUCCUAAACCAGAAAAGGAGGUUGCACAGAAGAAAAAGAUACCCCGGAAGAAACUGAAGAAACAAAAACUUAUGGCCUGGGAAUAAAUUCAGCGUAAAGUAAAUGCAAAUAAAAGUAAAA